UAACCAUUUCUUGCUCCUGGGCUCUCUAGCUGCGCCCCCUGGUCCUAGGAUUCUCCAUCUGUUUCUUCCCCUUCUAGCAGCCUCCCUGGCUCCUCCUCUCACUGGGGGUCUGUCUGGCUGGCUGUCUCCUCUCCACCUCUGUGGCACUCUGUGCUCCCCUUCUGGGUCUCUCUGUGUCGAUCUCGCUUCUCCUCUUCUUUACCCCUGGUGAGUCAGAAACAAAGGAGGGAGGGGGAAGCUGCACAGUAGGUCGGGCUCCGCGAUUCGCCCUUUAUUCUGAACUCACGACGUCAGCGGGGCCCGGGCGGGCAACUGUGGAUGGAGCUGCCGGGAGCGGACUGGGUAGCCCAGAGAGAGCCAGGUCGGAGGAGAGCCCAGAGCCUGAGCAGGCGCGUGUUUGUGCGUGCGCCGGGAUCGGGAUGGGGGGUGUGCGGGGGGCGGGAUGGAGGGAGCCGAGGGGGGGCAGGCAUGCGUGUGUGUGAGAGUGUGAGUGCGAGGGAGGCUGGCCCUUAGUGUAACCGGAGCUACAAAGAAGGGAGACUGGGAGAGUCUAGAAGAGGGAGGAGGAGGAGGCGGCGGAGGAGGCGGCGCUGGGGGCAUCUCCAACACCCUCCCCCUUGGAACGAGCCACAUCAAACCGGCCUCCGCCACCGGGACCCCGGGCCGGCCCCCCCACCCCCUCCCCUCUGCCCGCGCCCACCCGGGAUGAUGAAGAAGAACAAUUCCACCAAGAGGGGGCCCCAGGAUGGAAACCAUCAGUCCGUACUGCCUGAGAAGGUCGGCUGGGUGCGGAAAUUCUGUGGGAAAGGGAUUUUUAGGGAGAUCUGGAAAAACCGCUACGUGGUGUUGAAGGGGGACCAGCUCUACAUCUCUGACAAGGAGAUAAAAGAUGAGAAAAAUGUCCAGGAAGUAUUUGACCUGAGCGACUAUGAGAAAUGCGAGGAGCUUCGGAAAUCCAAGAGCCGGAGCAAGAAGAAUCACAGCAAGUUUACCCUGGCACACUCCAAACAGCCUGGGAACAUGGUCACCGUGGAAGAAGACAGCUACCUCGCCCAUCCCACCCGUGACAGAGCAAAGAUCCAGCACUCUCGACGUCCCCCAACCCGAGGACACCUAAUGGCUGUGGCCUCCACCUCUACCUCGGAUGGAAUGCUGACCCUGGACCUGAUCCAAGAAGAGGACCCUUCCCCCGAGGAUCCCACCUCCUGCGCGGAGAGUUUCCGCGUUGACCUGGACAAAUCUAUGGCCCAGCUGGCAGAAGGCCGGCGACGAGCAGACUCAGACCGAAUCCAUCCCGCCUCGGACCAGGGCCAUAGCUUUCCCCGGUCCUGGGAGAAGCCAGACAAGGGGGCCCCCUACACCCCCCAGGCCCCCAAGAAGCAGACGCCCUCCGAGAAAGGCCGGUGUGCCUCCUUGGAAGAAAUCUUGUCCCAGCGGGACGCUGCCCCGGCCCAUAGCCUGCUGCAGGCGCAGGAUCCGUCCGCCCCAACCCCACCUCACCCCGCACAGCUGUCCCGGAUCCAGGACCUGGUAGCGAGGAAACUGGAGAAGACUCAGGAGCUGCUGGCUGAGGUACAGGGGCUGGGGGAUGGGAAGCGAAAGGCCAAGGACCCUCCGCGCUCUCCCCCCGACUCCGAGUCAGAACAGCUGCUGCUGGAAACAGAGCGACUGCUUGGGGAAGCAUCGUCUAACUGGAGCCAGGCAAAGAAAGUACUGCAGGAGGUGAAGGAGCUGAGAGACCUGUACAGACAGAUGGACCUUCAGACCCCAGACUCUCAGCUCAGACAUUCUUCUCAGCACAGCCAGUUCCGGAAGAGCCUGAUGUGAGGGGGCAGGGAAAAGGGGUCUGGGACACAUUGAAGGGAGGGAUGGACAGACAGACGCCGGGACACGGGACGUUUUGUUUUAUUUUGUUUUUUUAAUUUACCACAAUCCAAAAAGGAAAAAAAAAACAACCUCGAGGCUCCUGCCGAUGCGUGAUCUUCCCUCGUUCAGUCCCCUUUUCCCUCUGGAGCCAUCCACUGGCCCAGAUUUGAGGGAGAGGGCAUUCCCUACCGAAUGGUAAAGACCUGAGAUGUUGGAGGCUUUCAGAAGCUACUCAGCCGGCCCUAGAGAGGCUAGGAGGAGGGAUAAGAAUGGGGCUCCCUACCCCAACACAGAGGCUGCGCGUUUACGUUUCAUAGCCUAGCUUGAUGGGGGCGAGGGAAGUAAUCCCUUUAUCCCUUUGUCCGGGUUUGCCCUCUCAGGGUAAAAUUUCAGCCAGAAAGUCCACACUCUGGGGAAGUGGGUUCCACUUCCAUCUGUUCAACCCCUGGUGUCAGUGAAGGGAAGAGGGGCUGGGGCAGGGGAAGUGUCCCAACAAUAAUGGGACACAAUCUUUCUCAUCCAGCGCCUUGUUGAUUUUUGAGCUUCCCCUCUCCUUUCUCUUUUAUUUCUUUCUUCUUUAUUUUGGUGUUUACUUCUCCCUCCACCCCAAAAGGAGUUUAAAGUCAUAAUGCUUAUAGUAGAACUGUGAAGAGAUGUUGGCUUUCUCUCUGCUUCUCAGGAAGAUGAGAGGAACAAGAGACAGCUGUCCCGGAGGGAGAACUGAUCUAAGAAUGAAACUUGAUUGUGGAGCACGAUGGGUAGGAGAAAGGGGGAACACCACACACAUGUUCAUGUUCCUCUUUUAGACAAGUCAGAACUUUCUACCCUGCCUGCCCCAACCCCCAAGACUGCUGGUCCCUAUCUCAGAAAGGGAUUCACUACCAAGGAAGGAGUUGAGCACAUAUACCCUUGACUCCAGCCUCUUUGGUCCAACAAGUGCCAGGCUUCUUUGCUUUUUUGUUUAUGAAAAAUCCUAUACAAGUUAAACUUCAAAGCCUAUGCUUCUUGUCCUCUGCCAUUUGCAGCAAUGACAGAAGGAAAAAGACAAGAAAUGUCAAUGAUUUCAAGAAAGAGAGAGAUGAAGACAGUUUAAUGCUGAGAGAGAGAGAGAGAGAGAGAGAGAGAGAGAGAGAGAGAGAGAGAGAGAGAGAGAGAGAGAGAUUGGAAGGAAGGAAGGAAGAAAGGAAGGAAGGAAGGAAAAGAAAGGACACUGCAUUAUUAACUUCUUGGUCCUAAUCUCCAGGGUGCCUUUCAACCCUUUACAUAGCCCCUCAUUGAUAUUUGAGCUCCCUCUCUCCUUUCUCUGUUAUUUCUUAUAGAGUUUAUAGAGUUUAAAGACAAGAGUUUAAAAGACUUAGAAUAGCAAAGGGGACAGGAAUGUUUAUGUGCAGUAAAAUGGAACUAUGAGUAGAUAUGACCAAUAAGACAAAGCAAACAUCAACAUUCCCCCCUUCACUCCCCAAAUGAUCUGGAGAUGAAGUGGAAGGAAUAAAAAGAAGGUGGUACUUGGAGGAACACAACCCUUUACCACCUCACUAACCCAAGGCUGGCUCCUAAGAUCAUUCCAUUUCUCCCCUUGAUGACACCCCAAAAUCUAGUCAGGAGGAGAGUCCUUCCACCUCCACCUCUGCAGUCUUUCAGCUCUCUAUUUCUUCAUAGUCUGGAAAUUCCCUUGAGCAAAAACCUUGAGCAAGCACCUUCUCUAAAGAGCAUUUAACCCACUUUGAUGGGGAACAGAGGAUGCUGCUUUGGGCUUAAAUUUCAAGACUGGCUUCUCCAUAGCCCAGGCUAGUGAUCUUCUGGGUUUUGGGAAGUUGGUGUCAUUUAGGCAUUUCAAUCAUAUCUGACUCUUUGUGACUCCAAAUUUGGGGUUUCCUUGGCAGAGAUUCUGAAAUGGUUGCCAUUUCCUUCUCCAACUCAUUUGACAGAUGAGGGAACUAGCAAACAGGAGUAAGUGACUUGCCCAGGGUUACACAGCUAGUGAGUGGCUAAGGUCAAAUUUGAACUCAGGGAGUGGAGUCUUCCAGGUCUUCCAGCCACUACACCAACUAGCUGCCUUCUGUUAACAGAAGAGAGAAAUACAAUUGUGGGUACUCUUACCUCUAAAGGCAUAAGACCUCCAAAGCCCCCUGACCCAGCCAAUAGAAGUCAAUCUUUUUAUGGCCACCCACAGUCUGAAUUAAACCUACCCUUUCUUUCUAUUUCUAAAUCUUCCCAUCUUAUUUUAUUUUCAUUUUAUUUUACCAGCAUUUCCCCCUUUUUUCUUCCUAGUCACUCCCACGUAACCAGAGGAGAGACAAAGAGCAAGAAUGACAUGUAUUCCUAAAACAUGCCACUUAAUCUUGGUUCCUGGGGGACUGGAGAGAUGGGGGAGACACUAGGGAAAAGGGGAGCCAAAGAGAAAGGGGGAGAAAAGAAAAAGUUGGCUCCCUAGUGAGAAUGAGGGGAGCACUUGGGAUUGUGCUCUAAGGUGUACCCUAAAGACCAUGGGGCCUUUCCAUCUGACUUGCAACUAGAUCCAUCUAUUUAUGUUUCUUCCCUUAGAACUGAGAUUCUUGGGAGCACAACCUAUUUUAAUUUUCAGUCCGUAUCCCCAGUAAUUGGCACAAUACUUUGCACAUCAUAAGCACUUCCUAAAUGCUUAAAAAAAAAAGUCUUGCAAGUAUUGGUUCCAAAGCAGAAGAAUGGUAAGGAAUAGACUUUUGGGGUUAAGUGACUUGCCCAGGGUCACAUAAGUGUCUGAGACCACAUUUGAACUCAGGACUUCUUGUCUCCAGUCCUGUCUCUCUAUCCUCUCAGCCACCUAUCUGUACCCCCUUAAUGCUUUUUUAUUCAUGCAUUGAUUACACACCCAAGACCAGCAGUCUUCAGUCCCCUAGCAAAAUGCUGAAACUGGACAAUUCAUCUUUUUUUAAUCCAUGCUCUUAUUAUCUUAUUAGACCUGUUAACUCAGCUGGUUACCAUAUGGUGCUAAUGAGGUCAAGUUCACGAACUCAAUCCUGGCUUAACCUAGAUUGUUUCACUGUUUCAAGACUAGAAUGUCUAAUCUUUGUUGCAGUUAUGAUUGUGUGGACUGGUUAAAGACAAGUGUGUCAUCCCUGCUAGAAAAGAAGUUCAAAGCUUAGACUGUGCCGAUAGUGAGUCAGUGUUUCAUUGUCCUUUAUAGACAUGUUUUUGAGUCAACAGCAGUUUAGUCAGUUCUACUUACUAACUGGAUGAAGGAUCCUUUAUUCUGCUAUCUCUUUCCCCCUACUCUAUAGUGGGACUCAGUCAUUUCCUUUGCCACCACCCCUAAAGUAUGUCAUCCCUUUCACCCCCUCUGCCAUUAUUCUUUGUCUUUUGUGGAUCAGUGGAUUAUGUAGGACCCAAAUCAGCCACCACUGGUGGGAGAAAGAAGAAAGGAGCAAGUAAGUGAGGGAAACUGGAGAGAUGCUUAGAGCAUGAGCUCACUGCUAAAUGGGGAGACAGGAGAUCUGAGGUACAGUCCUCUCAAUUAGUUGUCAUCCUGGGAAAGUCUCUUAACCUUCUGCCUCUGUUUCUUCAUCUGUUCAAAGAAAAUGGGUGGGGAGGGGUGGGUCUAAAAUGUUGAGUCUAUGAGCUAUCAGUCAUUUUGCAGAAAAUGAUUAACCACCACCCCCACUCCCAUUCCCAUCUUACUUGCCAAUGACAAAUUUACUAUCUUAUCUUUGCACAAAAAUAAUCUGGGAGACAGAGAAUAACUUUCAGAGUCCUCUGGAUCGGGGAAAGUGAGCAGUCUAAGAUGAGGAAUUAGCAGCUAAUAUUUAGGGGAAGCAUUAGAAAGAGGAGGAUCACUCCCUUGCUUCACAUUCAGUCACUGCCAGCAUCUGCGUCUCCUUGCGCCUUCCAAGCCUAUAAUGAAUGUAGGCUACAGAAUGAGGGUCUAGAGGGUGUUUGGGGUCAGCCUUAUUAAAAAGAAUAGCAGAGCCAUUGUCUCCUGAAGUGGAAGAACUUAUGUUCUUCCUGGGUUUUUUCUAUGUUCUCUAAGGUAUCAGAGAUCUCUGAAUUGUCCCCACUACCACCCCCUACCUCUACCCCAUCCCCAUCAUUCCCCCUGCCCUGCAAGGCUUUCUCCUUUCUCCGGAUUCAAACAAAAGCCGGGAGCCGGCGGCAGCCCAAGGAGCUAGAAAUAAAUGAGCAGUAGCCCUCACUCCUUUCCCUCUUCUGCACCCCCAAAACCAACGUGGGGGGAGUCCUCUCAUUCAAACCUUAGAAGGAACCCGAAACUGCCUAGUUCUGCAAGCCACAGACUCCGCGGCUCUCAGUCCCUGGUGAGGGGGACGUCUUUACCUCCGUCCCUUGGCUUUGCUCCUUUGCUGUUCUCUUCCUACCUCCCGGCUCCCAACUAUGGCAGCCAAUCCCCAGCCUGCUCUAGAGUAGCACCAUAUAUGGAGAAGUUGGAAAGAAACCCAAAUGAAUGCGGGAACACACACACACACACACACACAAAACUGUGUCUGUCACUGUGACCAUAUUCUUGUGUCCAUGUGGGUCUGUGAGUCUCACCACAUCCUUUCCUCAGUUCAGCCACCUCCCUGUCUCCCCCCAUGGGGAACCCAGUUGUUGCCCACUGCCCUCCGCCGACACCCCCAGCAUCGACACUCCAACUGCUCUGACCUAGAUUCCCCUGCACUAAUUACAGGCCUAACUAUAUCCACCCAUCACCCAACUUAGCGCAGCUGAGACCCUGGAGGUCAAUUAGAGCAGCUCACAGCUCUGCUGCUCUCAGGAAAUGAGGGGGAGCCAGAGACACCCACCCUCCGCCCCCUGCCCUCUGGAAAUCAGCAGUUUCUUUGAAGGUUGGGUCUUUGAGAUGGGGGGCUGGGAGGCAAGGUGAACUAGAAUGGGGAGGACCCUGGAGGGAAUUGGAUGCUCAAGAUGCACAGACGGGAUGCUGCUGACCAGGUGUGCCUGGUACCCACUACCCAAACUCAGUGAUUCCAGCUCCUCCCCAGGCAGCUUCGGAGGGAUCUGGGUUGGGACUUCUUAUCCGUCUACUCCCAACAGAAGUGGAGGAAAAUGAAGAGCAACCGCCCCCCUCCUGCCUGUUGAGGGUGGUCUUUGGGCAUCGCUUCCCACAGGCACUUCCAUUUCUUUCUUCCUCCCCCCUUCACCAGAGCAUCUUCCUUGAAGGAAGAGAAAAAACAGGAAGGUCACCCAUGGAGUCAACCCUACCCAGAAGUCCCGGGACUUUUCAGGAACCACAAAAAGCCCGUCUCUUUCUUGCCUCCGCUUCUGGGCAACACGAUAACAUAACAAUAAUAGUUCACAUUUAUUAUAGCGCUUUAUGGUUGGCCCCACGCUACAUACAGUCUCUGGUUUGAUCCUCACAAGCAACCCAAUGAGGUCCUUAUUGUUAUUAUCUUUAUUUUAUGGAUGAGGAAACAGGCUGACAAAGAUGAAAUGACUUGACCAGAGUCACACAGCUAGUAAGCAUCUGAGGGAGCAUCAGACUGAGCUCUGGCUGGCUCUAUGGCCACCUGGUUACCUUGCACACCUUGCUAGGUGAGCAGACACGAAACUGGACCAGCACAUGCAAAGAAUCCCUAACAGAGUCUGCUUCUCUGAGGAAUGGAGGGAACCAAAGCGUACUAAAGCAGAGUGGGUCGAAAGGUCUGUCUACCCCUAGAUGUAUCCCAACCCAGAUAGUGCUGGACUUGGAGUCGGGAAGAUCUGAGUUAGAAUUUGGCCCUCUGUGUGACCUUGGCAAAGUCACUUAAUCUUUAUUUAUCUCCAUUUCCUCAUCAGUAAAAUGAAGAUAAUAAUAGCAACCACCUCACAUGAUUGUUGUAAAGAUCAGUAAGGGGGGUAGCCCAGUGCUUGGUCCAUAGGGAGUGUGAUGCAAAUGUGAGCUGUUAGCUACUAUGAUCUGGCUAAAGAAUAAGAAUGGUUUGAGAGAGUAUUGGUCCAGGAGUCACAGAGACUCAUCUCCCUGAGUUUGAAUCUGGCCUCAGACAUUGCCUAGCUAUGUGACCUUGGGCAAGUCCCUUAACCUUAGGUCAGUUUCCUCAUUUGUAAAAUGAAUUGGAGAAGGAAACGGCACGCCACUCCAGUAUCUCUGCCAAGAACCCCCCAAAUGGAGUCACAAAGAGUUAACCACCACUGAACAACAGAAGAGUUAGAGGAGAUGAAUCGUGUACCUGCUUACAUAUGGACAAGAAUUUUGUAUACAAGGACUAUGAAAUCUGAGAAGGUAACACAAUAGAAAGUCGUCUCAAGCUCUAUCUUUCUGUAUGUACCUAUCUUUUUGUUUCUCUCUUCCUAGAUGCCCCUCAGAUGCCAGAAAAGAGAAUAACAGAUUAGAAAUGGUGCCAUACCAGCACUUUGCACUUUGUCAGGGAGAGCUAGGAAAGGAGACUCCAAAGAGAGUUUGGUGCUUUGCUUAGUAAUUGAAAAGGAGAUUUAAAACUGCCAACAGAAGAGGACUCUGGGUUCUUCUGUCCUCUAGGUUCCCUCCAGUCUAUAAACUUCUACCUUGGAUUCAACUUCUGACAUUUGAAAACACGGGGAAAGUGCUUUGGGGAAAUAGUAAUUUUGACAGCAGAAUGAACCUUCCUGACCAUAAAAUGGGGGAGAAAAAGGGAUGAGUAUCUCUUUUUGGAAGACAUUAGCAUGGAAAGUCCUCCUGGGUCUCAGCACGAGAGAGUGAUACAGUGGGGAAAGGGGGAAUCCUUUCUUCCACAAAAUUCUAUCCAUUGGGAGAAACAUGCUUUCUUCCCUCGAGGAGCUCCUGGUCUAUCUAAUUGGCUCCCAACAAGAGCUCACCGGCAAAAGGGAAUCUGUCCUUGUGAAUGUGGGACCUUAAUACAUAAAGAGAAUGGAGGAGUUGGCUCUGUAGGCUUAUUCUUUCCAAGUACUUUGGGCCAAGAAAUUUAAAAUUCACCUGGCCGCAGACAGAAAUCUCAGGUGCUCAUUAUGAAGGUCAGUGAACUAGACAAGAGGCCUAAAGGAUAAGAGAGAUUCCUGGGUCCUCCCAUUUCCCUAAUUUUCUUUGUUCCACUAACCCAGGGGUCCCCAAACUAUGGCCCAAGGGCCACAUGUGGCCCCCUGAGGCCAUUUUUCUGCACUUCCAGAAGGGGCACCUCUUUCAUUGGCGGUCAGUGAGAAGAGCACAGGAUGACCAUAGUUCCCAUUGAAAUAGUGGUCAGUUUGUUGAUUUAAAUUUACUUGUUCUUUAUUUUAAAUAUUGUAUUUGUUCCCAUUUUUUUUACUUUAAAAUAAGAUAUGUGCAAUGUGCAUAGAGAUUUGUUCAUAGUUGGUUUUUUUAUAGUCCGGCCCUCCAACAAUCUGAGAGACAGUGAACUGACCUCCUGUGUAAAAAGUUUGGUGACCCCUGCACUAACCCAUCCUCUCCCUCCCCCCUCUCCUAUGCCCUGAUUGGAGCAAUGACCAUUCUACCUAGAACUGCAUGAUGAGCAAGAACCAGUCCCUAACCAGCUAUUCAGACCUGAUCUGGUUAAUCAGGGAGGUAGGGAAAGAAGUGUGGAAAAAGAAGGUCCUUAGAGACAUGAGAAUCAACUCUACGUGGCCCUAGCUGAGUUGGCUACCUGUAUGCAAACUAUGAAGGUCAAAGUAAUGGCCAGUCCAGACCAACCUCACCGAUGAAGUUCAUUCCAAGUCUGCUGCAUGCUGGACCACUGCUUAAAGUUAUUCAUUCGAGAAAGCCAAGGAGUGCAUUGGAACAGGACCAAAAAAGCAUCCCUGAGAGUAUGAAAUUCAGAGAAAUAAGGGGAAGCUUGUGUGAACUGAAACCCUAUUUCCCAGAGUGAAAUGAGCAGAACCAAUCAAUCAAUAGGCAUUUAUGGCGUGCCAGAGCUGAGCCCUGAACACAAAGACAAAAGUGAAACAGUGCCUGUCCUCAGGGAGCUUAUAUUCUAAUGGAGGAGAUGCAUACACAUAUAUACAGAAUAUAUUCAUCAACCAACCCAGAUCUAGUCACCUGUCUAGCUCCAGAGAUUUCCCAGAGAACUCUACUUCAGCCUGAGUGUCUAGACCACUUACCUCCUGCCAUCCAUCUUCACCCAAGGAGCCCUGCUUUGCCCUUGAAGUAGCCACUUAGUUCCUUUCUACAUCUCCCUUCCCAGGGAGCCCUACUUUGGCCCUGGAUUCAGGCCACCCAACUUCUGCCCUCUGUUUUCACCCCAGGGCCUCCCCAAAGAGCUCUACUCCAGCUCCAUUCUAGGACUCCCUCCAGAGACUUCCCAGGGAGCCAGGCCUUCAUCCACCUGAACUCAGGUCAUUCCCCCAGGGCCUCCUUGUUCCAGCAAAUUAUCCUGGUCUUCAGAGGUCCCUUCUAAACUGAACACUCCGUUGAACUUCCAGCUCCUGCCUACUGUGAGAUGAGCCUACUAGCUCUCUUUGAACACAGCAUCACAACAUCCUAUAAGGAUGACCUUCAAAGGGGGAUCUAGAAUAAUCACCUGCCUCUCUCAACAAACAUCUCUCUAGCCCCUGAUAGUUUUCCUUAUUCUUAGAUACUUGGAUUCAUUCCUCUUUGAUUAGUACACUCCCAGCCCUUUAUUAUCUCCCCAUCCAAAUAAUCCUGUAUACCCAGCUACAGAAGCACAAAUCCCAUUUACCUAUCCCCAGGUGCCCAUUCUUUCCUAUAACCGUACCCCUCCAAAUGUCCCAUUCCAGAUCUACCCAUCCUUCUACUAUACUCUCUGGAAUGUGUGCUCAAAAGUUAUAAAUUUGCUUUUGUCUUAAAUCAUUUCCAUUCUCACUUCUUCCAUUUUCUGGUGUUUACUGAGACAAGGCUUCCCCCAUUGCAUAGCUUCCCUGAUCACCCUUUCCAGGACCUGCUGUGCUUCCACUUGUUCCUCAAAUGGUCAUGGAAGAGGAGUAGGAAUAUUCCUUGCUUUCCACUGCCAAGUUCAGACUCUCCUCUACCAUCAUCACUUGGGAAGCCCUCCUUCCUUAAGGAUCACACCAUACAAAUUUAAUACUUACUCCAGAUCCUGGAGAUUAUCUAAUGCCCCCAGGACACUCUCCUUCUUUCCUCGAUGAGUUCAGAAACUGACUUACACAUUUUUUUCUCUUCCCCAUCUCUUCCCCUCAAAUUAAAAGACUUCAUCCUAAAUAUCCCUCUAGGACUUAAGAGAAAGAACACUAUCCACAUCCAGAGAAAGAACUGUGGGAGUAGAAACACAGAAGGAAAACAACUGCUUGACCACAUGGGUCAAUGGGGAUAUAAUUGGGGAUGUAGACUCUAAAUGAUCCUAGUGUAAAUAUCAAUAAUAUAGAAAUUGGUCUUGAUCAAUGACACAUGUAAAACCCAGUGGAAUUGCUCGUUGGGGAGGGAGGAGAGGAGGGAAAGAAUAUGAAUCGUGUAACCAUGGGAAAAUAGUCUAAAUUAAUUAAAUUAAAAAAUGUAAGACUAAAAAAAUAAAAUAAAUAUCCCUCAAAUCCCAUAGUCCCCUUUCUUCAAUCUACUCAGUUCCUAUGAUCCAUUCAAUACCUCAGCUACACAGAGAAAUGGUCAUACCUUUAAUCUUGCCAUCACCUAUAAAUGUUCUACUUCCAUGUUCAUGAACUCUGACAUGCAUUUAUCUGGUCAUAACUUCCUAUGAUUCCAUCUUUUCUUAUGCCUUACCACCCCUAAUCCUGUUCUUCCUCAUAAUCUUCAAAGACUUCACCCCAGUUUUUCCCCAGGCCAUCAUCCCCACAUUUACUACAUUCUCCUUCCUUCCUGAUCUUGAUGCCUCAGGGAACCAAUUCAACUCUAGCCUAUGUUUCAGCCACUUGCCACCUUGCUUUAUCACUGAUCAUGCUUUGCCAAACCCCAACUUUGAAUUAUGUGCACAAUUUGCACCCCCAUUUGUGUACUGUUGAAUGGGGCUAGAGAAAGACUCUUGCUGACUGUAACCAGUAAAGAUUUAUGCUUUAUCAUCUUAACUGAGGCAGCUAGGUGGCACCAUGGAUAAAGUGCUGAGAAUGGAGUUGGGAAGACAUCUUCCUGAGUUCAAAUCUUGCCUCGGGCAUUUAAUAAACCUGUGACCCCAGGCAAUUCACUCAACCUUUUUUGCCUCAGUUUCCUCAUUUGUAAAAAUGAGUGGAGAAGGAAAUGGUAAACCACUCCAAUAUAUCUGCCAAGAAAACCCCAAAUGGAGUCACAAAGAGUCAGCCACUGAAGUGGCUGAACAAUAAUAGCAACAAUCUUAAUUGGGUCAUCACUUCAGAGAGGCAAUCCUUUCACAUACCCCUAAAAUAUCUAUUUUCCCACUCAACACAAUGGUUAUUUCAAAAGUUCUCUUCACUCUUCAAACUUUGCAUACAUCCCUACCUCAGUCGUCUUCUUUUAGGAAUUUAACUCAUACUUCACUGAAAAAACUGAGCCCAUUUGCCUAAACCUCCCACUUUUCCCCUUCCUCUUCCAUCUAACAUAGCUCAAAUCUUCUGUCAUUAUCUUCUCUUUCAUCCCCGACUUUCAAUAAGAGGCCCUUCUCCUUUCAUUGGCAAACCAUCUACAUGCCUCCUUGAUGUCAUCCCUUCCCAUCUUCUCUAACAGAUUGCCCUCUCUAUUACCUCCAUUCUCUCUAAUCUUUAGUCUCUUUUUGUCAAUUGGUCCCUUCCUUCCUGCCUACAAGCAUGUCUAUGUCUUCCUAUCCUUAAAAAAAAAAAACGAUUACUUGAUCACACCAUCCUUGCUAGCUAUUAUCCUAAAUCUCUCUUCCUCUUUGAAGCUCUAAACUCCUUAAGGAACUAUCUACAAUAAGCCAUCCACUUCCUUCUCACUAAACCUCUGAAAUCUCACUUCCGACAUCAGCGUGUGACUGGAACUGCCCUUUCCAAAGUCAUCAGUGAUCUCUUCAUAGCUGAAUCUAAUGGCCUUUGAGCCUUCUUGACCUCUCUGCAGCCUUGAACAUUAUUGAUCAACAUCUUCUGAAUACUCUUCUUUCUCUAGGUUUUGUGACUGCCUUUUUUCGUUUGUUUGUUUCUUCCUAUGUGUUUGAUCUCUCUUCAAUGUCCUUUGCUUGUUCUUCAUCCAGGUCAUGUCUAUUGACAGUGAAUGUCCUCCAAGGCUCUGUCCUGGACCCUCUUCUGCAGUUUCCCAAUACCCACCAGCUGUUAGUGCCUUUCCCUCUGAGAUUACCUACAGUUUUUCUGUAAAUCUCAUUUUGUACCUCGUUAUUUACACAUUAGCUCUCCUAUUAGAAUGUGAGCUCCUUGUGGGCAGGGAUCAUUUUUACCAAUUUCCUUGUAUUCUCAGGGAUUAGCACAGUGCUUGACACAUA